ACUGUCUGGGCUGCAGGCAGUCUCCCCACAACCGGAGCCACGCUGAUCGCCGCCAGGGGAACGACGGCGAUCAGGUAAGUACCCCCAGACCGUUAGGACGGUUCAGGACCGUCAUCGGUCCUCAAGGCAAAAAUGCCGAUGACGGUCCUGAACCGUCCUCGGUCGCUAAGGGGUUAAGAAAAGCUGCAAAUCGUGCUUUAAUACAAGUGUCCCAUGAUGUCAGGUUUCUGAAAGAUUUUGCUGGCCUUUUUAUAUUCCAUUCUCUUGACAGGGCAUCUGCUCUUAUUAAGCCGGUCUUGUUAUUAUUUAUUAAUUGCAUCAAGGUUUCUUUCGUUAAUUGAUGUGUUUCUUCUGAAUUCAAAUUCAUAUGCCACCAAAUGUCAUAGUAAAGUUCAUUGUUACAGAAUAUUGUUCCAAGAUGGUUUUUCACUCCACUAGGAAAUCUAUGUUCCUCUUCUUCUGCUCCUUCCUAUUAACCACUUUUUCUGAGUUGUAGGCAACAGUCUGUGUCUUGUACUGUGAGGUGCUUUGAUAGUCAAUCAGGUUUUCUCAGUACCCUGUUCCAUCUUGAGAAACAGCUGGGUGUUGACAGUUAUCAGCCUUUAUUUCUUUUUCCUGUCAUCUUCUGUCUGGAAACAUAAUAGCAAUGUCCAGAAUUAGCAUAGCACUUCUUUUCAGCAUAAGAAGACUGUUUGCGGUAGUUACUCAAUGAUAAACUAUAUGGCAAAGUAUUUUCUUAAUCACCUUCAUAGGUGCAUUCAAAGUCUUUCACAAGCAUCUGUCUCGUCUUUUUCUGUUUUCAGCAUGCUUUGCCAUCAUCGUUGAGUCCAUUAUUAGGAUUUGUAAUAGUUCAAUCACAUCUUUCUCAGGUAUAAUCGGUUUUUGGAAUGAUCUCAAUAGGUUCCUUGUGAAAUACCAGUGUAGGUCACAUUAGCAAUCAUUUCACUGUGCGCUAUGUCUCUCCUUUUGAGAUAGUUCUUGGAGGUAGUCCUCACGAUCAAAGAACUUGUAUAGUGUGUUAUAUAGUCCUGCUUUUUAACAUAAUCCCAAUGCAGUUUUAAAACGACAGCUAGGGUUGAUGUUAUGAUAAUGCUGCAGACUGUAAGAAGGAGACACCAUAACCAAUUUUCUAGCAUCCUUUUGCUUCCAUAUUUGCAUUUCUUUCUUACUGUAUAAGAUAAUUCAGGUUCAGUCUGUUUUCUCCAGAGUCUUUCUUAUAAUGAUGUUGAUGAUUCAUUUUUCAUACAUUCCAUGUUAACUGUGAAUGUAUCACGUCUGUCUGUUCAUCCUUCUCCUUCACAUUUGCAGGUUCAGAUGUCAGAUCAUGAUUCAGUCUGUUACGUGGCUAUGAUUCUGGUGGCUGUGUUCUGGUGGCAUUUCUGUCGUCCUCUGUUUGUUUUAUCUUGCCAUCUUUAACAGCAUCCAUUGUGUCAGUCAGUGGUUCUGUGAACGUCCUGUUAGUAUUUAGGAGGUUGUAAAAUAUCAAAACUUACUGUUCGCUGUUGGCUCUGAUUGUUCUCUGUAGUAAAAGUUCUCGGAGUCACCCUCUCCAGGACAAACUGGCCAACAGUAAGAAAAAGUUGGUGGUGCGAGGUGGGCUGGAAAAAAAAAUACCUACAUUUCUCUAAUAGAACCAAUGGUUCUAAGCUCUACCUGGUGCAGAAAUAUAAUUGUCAGUGAAAAAACAUGUAACAUUUCAUAUGGUGUCUCACCAUUUGUAUCAUUAGGCAUGUUGUGAAUGCUUAUCUGUACCAUAGGAAUAAAUAGAUACCACUGUGUGGGGCAAGCAACUAGUAACUUGGUUAAUAAUCAUUUAACCUCAGCAUUUUCAGACCACAACCCCACUUCUUUUGGGGUGGUUGGGGCACUGAAAUCCCAAAGUAACCCAAAUGUGGUUGCCCAGUUUUAGGUUUCCUUUGCAGUAACUGCAGGACCACCAUCCAAAUGGAUGGUCCUUGGAUUAUCAAAUGCAUACUAAGGAAGUGAGACUAGAAAACAUGGCAUCAGAGGUUGCACUUCACACAGGAUAUAUCCAAGUAAACCUGGUACAUGCACCAACACAUACAAAAACAUAUUUAUAAACAUGAGAUGUUGGCAAACUUCCAAUAUAUAGUAAUUCAAAAAGUAUGUUAGAUAUUAAUAUUUCAAUAAACAGUACAUCAGUAAUGUGGCAAUAAGCAAAUGCUUAUGAUUAGUAAACACAUGAAUUACAGAAUUUCCCAUAUUGGACCACCAAUAUUCCUUUUCAGGAGUCAGAAGUACAUUACCUCUCUCUAUAAGAGCUUGUCCUAGCCAUAAAAAAGCUUUUAGGGCAAGUCUAUCUUUCCUCUAUAGGAAGAACAACCAACAUAUUACCUUCAAUGGUUAUUAUGUAAUUAACCCCUCUAAACGAUAGGAGUAUUUAUGCGGAUACCAGGUGGAUAAGGUCUGGAUAUCCUUGAAGCAUAAACUCUGCAUCAUGACUGAGAGAUAGGGUAUGCUUUUGUGAUCCAAUGACAACAGAAAAGCGUUGGUAGACACAUUGCAUCAAAGUGCCUGUUAAGGACCAACUAGAUGAGGAGAGGGACCAUGCUUUGUUAUAAGCAUGUCCAUACACGUAUUACAAUGCCAGGCUUUCAAUUUGUUACCACAAAGCAAAAUGCAGUUGUGGAUAUAAACUCACGACGUAUCGUAAGAAAAAUUGUUUGAACACCAGACUGAGAUUCGAGAUCAGUGAACAGUGGACCAAAAUAGAUCAUUGAAAUCCUAUCAAUUAACAUACUUUCAAUAUAUUUUCUUUAAAUUACUUUAUCCUCUGUAUUAACUAUGAAAUAGUAAAAUUAAAACAAUAACUUUAAAAGCCAACUUUUAGUGUGCAUAGGAAUUACAAGGCUGUUCAUAAUGUGAGAUAAAGAACAGCUUUUUUUAAAAUCCGAAUAGUCUGUGAACACAAAAUGACCUUGCGCUGAAAACUCACUUGCAGGGGAAAAACAAAACCUCUUCUUUUUUCUUUUUCUUUAGUAAGUUAAUUAAUUAAACUUAGUUAGAACCUCCCUCAAAGUCCCGAUGACUUUGCAAGAAACAUGUCGUCCUUAAAUACUAGGUAAGUCUAUUAAACAGUGAAAUAGCAUUUUUACCCUGUAUAUUAUGUUGUCACAGCUAUAAUGUGCAGUAUAACAAACUAUUUUAUAAGUGUCGUGCAAACUGUUCAUUAAAAGCCAGUGGUCUAGCGAGCUAUAGAACAUUUAUUUAUUUAUUCUUUAAAGCUCUGACCUCAAUCGGUAAAGCAAUAUUGUAUUGGUGUCCAUUGCAAUCUGCUAUCUAUACUUGCUGCUCUCAAAAAUUCUGAAUAUGUUCUGAGAUUUCUUGGGCAAUAAUAAAUCCCCAAAAAACAACAACUUUGCACUUAUGCUAAAACUGCCUGUUAUAAACGGAUUCUGUAUAUUUCUUGUACUUAAAUAUGUUUAACAAAGCUGUUUAUAUUGUGGUGUGGUUACCGGGAAACUGACGGAGGCCAAGCACAGAGAGAUGGACACAGGUUUCUUCAGGAAGGAAGAGAUCUUUAUUCGAUUCACCGACCGGGACUCAGAGGGACUUAUGUCACCAAAAACAGCAAAGAUCUGAGCACUGAAUACAUAAAGUACAUUCCUUAUAUAGCACUGUAGCUCCUCCCAUAAUUAGCUACGCCCACACAUACCCUUAACCUAAUCAAUGAAUAGAGUCUAAACUCAUCCAUCCGGUCUAACCACGUGGCUCAUCUGAAACAAAGGAGAGGGACGCGUAAUUCCAGUUCCUGCAUUCCUGCACAUGCUCAGUACAGUGAUGACAGUAUCUUAGCUACGUGUAACUAACUAACUGAUACUACAAACACAUGUACCUACAUAUGCCUUGUGGCAAUCUUGGCCUGCUAAACUUUUAUUUUACUGGAAUUCCAUCACAUUCCCCCCUUUGAUGCUUCUGAUUUAAAAUAAUUCCAGAUGCAUCACCAAUCAUAGUUUGCUUACACCUCAAGUUGCCAUAAACCAGACUAGACUUUGCGAUCCUCUAAAGAUACGAACCCCUCAACAUUCCUUCUUCCUGCAUGUAUUCUCCUUGAUCUAGAGCUUCAUACCUGCAAACAGCCAUUACCUGUGCUGCGGCCUUUCUUUCUGCUAUACUUUCUAUAAUGCUCUGCAUAGACCUAAUUACCAAAGGAAUCAGACAUGGCAGAAGGAGACACAACAUCAAAAAUCAGUAUGACUCCACCUACCAAUGCCUUGAUUCCUCCAAACUGCUCAUACCAACUACCAAACCAACUACUCGGAUUAUACCCUUUCCAUACCUGAGUAGGUACAUGUGCUAGCUUAACCAUAUGGCUAGUAAGCUCAGCUAUUGCUUGCCCUUCAUCAUCUAUUUGAAGACAACAAUUGCUUAGAUUAAACUUCCCACAUACACCUCCCUCUACUGCCAAUAGGUAAUCCAAAACUAAUCUAUUUUGGUAGAUGGCUGUCCUCAUCCUAGUGUUAUGCUUCGCUAGGAGAUUGAGCGCUUGUGAUGUUUCAUCUGUAACUACUGCUUGCAAUCUUAUAAUACGAUUAAGCAUAUAUAUUGGGGUUCUGUAUCCAUAAGUACCAUCCUCUGCCCACGUAGCUGGCCCAUAAUAAUCUAUAAUACGCUGGGGAGGUCACUCAUCAUCUUCCCAGGUACCUAUCUCUAGGGGUGCCCUUUUCUUCCUAUGAUUUACAUCAUAUACUUUAACUCCCAAAGUCUCUCCUGUUUCAGUUGGCAACAAGAAGAAGGAUGGUUUGAGCAUACCCAAUACACAUACCCCUUCCCAGUCCUGUGGUAACUCCGAAUAUGCUUUCUUACCACAAAUCCAGUACAAAUUUGCUGGGGCUUUCCAACUAGAUGUAGCAGAUAGGUCAAACCAUACAUCCUUUAAAUUGGUAUAAUUUGCAAACGGAUUAGACAGUUCUGAGACAUUUGAAGCUGACCACCAAAUAGUAUCCUUUGUAUCGUCAUUAUAGGCUUUCUGCCCUAAACAAGUCAAUUCUCCUACAGAUGUAUUAAACAUUAUUUAUUUCCUUUCUAUACAAACAUAACCUAUAAUGGAGGUCUUUAAUCGCCACUCAGAUUUACCUCUAACACUCACUUGAUAAUCAGAUUGAGAAGAUAUUAGUUGUUCAACUGUCUCAGAACCAGAAUACAUUACCUCCUUUGCUUCCUAAGGCCAUUGGUCUCCCAUAUUAGUACCUCCACACACAUAGCAGUUGGUUACAUUAAGACUACCAGCAAUGCUCUCAGCUAGGUCUAUGAAUACGUUUUUGGCAUUAUGGGGAACCUUAUCUUCCACACUCAUCUCCUCAUAAAAAGAAUGGAAAACCUGAUGAGUCUGGGGGCCACUGUAUCUGUCUCUAUUCCUAUGUAUAAUAUCGUCCCAGGAUCCAAACCUGUUCCAUAUAUUUGGAACCCAAAUAGAUUCCCAAACUUAUCUAUAAAUAGCUCUGGGUCCUUGAUAAGUAUAUGGACUGGGUUACACUCCAUAGACUUACAAUAUGGCUUGGUAGUCAAUCUAGUGAUAAUCAUAUCCUUAUCUACUGUCUGUCCCCAGGUUGCCCAUCCCACACAGGACCAAUACGGACAAUAAUUGUAGUCUUUAUUUAGGCAGUUUGGAUCUAUAUACUUAUGCUUAUUACUAGGACAAAUAUACUUAUCAUUAGACCCAUACGUUCUUUCCCAUUUAAGACCACCACAUACAUUCCAUGGCUUCCUACUACCUGAUAUCGCCUUACAUGCAUCAAAUAGCAAAACACCUGGAGAAUGUACGCUUUCUAGUACAGUCUUAUUUAUCAGGUUCCCCUGUGCGUUCUCAUUCCGAAUAGUCAACCAAAUUGUACGGGGCUGAUACUCAGGAUUAAAACACCUAGGUUCUCCUGCUCCUAUAUGGCAUACACUAUAAUCUGUACCUAGGUAUCUACACUUUGAUACAUGUCCUGUGCACUCAUAUUGCGAAUGCCAAAUAAGGGUCUGGGAAAUACGAUUGCCUGUUUUCGUAGUCUUAAUGCAAACCUCGCAGCCUGGUGUGUCGGUACCUCUACCUUCCUGAAUAAUUAAAAACACACAUAUAUACAUCAUCAAACACAUUACUCCUGACAUCUUCUUCCUAAUUCUUCGACCGUGCGACGGCACCUCAGCUUCCAGGCGUGUGAGGGCUGCAGGGAAUGGAGUCCUUCUGAUCCUUACUGUUCUUCACAGAGGAUUCCUCUGGCUUAAACAUUGGUAGGUGGUCAGGCUUUAUUGUGGCCGUCAAAACACCUACUUGUAGAUCUUUGUUGAUGUUCCCUUGUAACAAUACUCUUCGCAAAAACCACUUUUAAUCUAACUGGGUCACUCGCUUCAACCGGAUCUUGCAGGGAUUCUCAGUAGCUUGCCAAGAAUCUGCUGCUGGUUUAACCCUGGAGUGAUGAAUCCAUGGAGUCACCUCUGCCACCUUUAUAGCUGUUGGAGUAGACAAAAGAACAGCAUAAGGACCCCUCCACUUUGGCCCCAACGGUACACUGUUCCACUCCUUUAUCCAAACUUGGUCUCCUGGAUGGUAAGAAUGGACAGGUGGAUAAAUAUUUACAGGUAACCUAUCUUGUACCCAUUUCUGUACCUCCUCCAUAGUUUUACCCAACUCUACAACCUGCCGCCGGGUAAUUACUUCUUUCACAUAGCUACUACCAUCCGUAUAAUACUGUACAUCCGGGUCCUGAAUGGGAAAGUCAUGAAGGUCCGGUUGGCUUGAAAAACACCUCAUCCAUUAUCUCCAAACAAUCAUGUUUACUUUCAUUACAUUGUGGCAAAAGGGUAGCUGGAUUCAGGGUAUUAACAGUUUCACAUAGCAUGGCUUGAUAUUUAGUCAUUCGGCUAUUGCUAAACCAAUGAUUACCUUUAUAGUCUAGCAACGUCUGUACUGCGUGCGGGACUCGCACAUAGAGUUCCUGACCCAGAGUGAGCUUGUCAGCUUCUGCUACCAACAGGGCGGCGGCAGCUACGGCCCUUAGACAAGGAGGAAGACCACUGGCUACUGCAUCCAGUUGUUUGGACAUAUACGCAACAGGUCGUUGCCAUGAUCCCAGAUACUGUGUCAGUACUCCCACAGCCAUCCUUCUUUGCUCGUGUACAUAUAAGUAGAAUGGACGUGUAUGAUCAGGUAGACCUAAUGCGGGGGCGCUCAUCAAUGCCUUCUUAACAUCCUCAAAUGCCUUCUGCUGUUCGAUGGUCCACAGGAAGGAAUCAUGUUCCGUGCCUUUAAUAGCGGCAUAGAGGGGUUUCGCCAGUAUCGCAUAACUGGGAAUCCAUAUCCUACAGAAGCCUGCUGCCCCCAAGAAUUCUCGCACUUGUCUUCUGUUCUUAGGUGUUGGUAUUUGGCAUACAGCCUCUUUUCUUUCAGGCCCCAUUAUCCUUUGACCUUCAGAGAUAUGGAAUCCCAGAUACUUGACAGUUGGCUGACACAACUGAGCUUUCUUCCUGGACACCUUGUAUCCUGCCUUCCAAAGAAUGUGCAGUAAAUCAUAAGUUGCUUGCUGGCAUAUCUCUUUAGUAACUGCCGCUAUCAACAAAUCAUCCACGUAUUGUAGUAGUACACAUUCUCCUGGGAUGGACUUGAAAUCUAAUAAGUCCUGACUUAAUGCUGAUCCAAAUAGGGUAGGUGAAUUUUUAAACCCUUGGGGCAAUCUUGUCCAGGUCAUCUGACGUUUCGAGCCCGUUACAGCAUCUUCCCAUUGGAAUGCAAAGAUACACUGGCUUUCUGUAGCAAUUUGUAGGCAAAAGAAGGCAUCUUUAAGGUCCAAGACUGUAAAGUAAGUAGCCCCACCUGGAAUCAAGGCAAGCAGGUUAUAAGGAUUGGGCACAACUGGAUGUAUACUUACUACCGCAUCAUUGACUGCUCUCAAAUCCUGCACAGGACGAUACUCAUCUGACCCAGGCUUCUGAACAGGCAACAAUGGAGUAUUCCAGGGGGAAGUACAGAAUUUUAGGAUACCAUACCUUAUGAACUUAUCCAAAUAAGACUGUAUGUUCUUCUUCGCCUUUUGAGGUAUAUGGUAUUGUCGCAGGCUUACUGGAUAAACCCCAAGCUUUAGUUCGAUGCGUAUAGGUGGGAUAUUGCGAGCAAGUCCUGGUGGGUUAUUUUCUGCCCACACUCCUGGUAUAUUAUGCAAGGAUUCAUCACUCUUAGGGUUUUGACUUGUCAUCACCUUAUAAAGUCGCCACUCUUCUUCCUUUGGUACUGAUAGUGUCAUUAUACCUGAGGGUCCAUUAAACUUCAAGGAUUUCGUUCCGUUAGGCAGAAAUCUUAUCUGUGCUUGUAACUUCGACAACAAAUCCCGUCCUAGAAGUUGGACUGGACAUUCAGGCAUGUAAAGAAACUGAUGUUUCACUACGUGGCCUCCCAGUGUACAGAGUCGACUUUUGAGAACCGGUUUAGCAGCACUCCUCCCAGUUGCUCCUAUUACAGUGAUAGUUCUUCCUGAAGGAGGAGCAACUAGGUCGGUUACCACAGAAUGUUCAGCACCAGUGUCGAUCAUGAAAGAACUCCUUUUUCCCCCUAUUGCUACAUUGACCAUAGGCUCCGCUCGACCAAGGGGGAUGGAGCCCGGUCGGUAUCAAUAGUCCUCCAUGACAGUGUCAGCCAAACCCACAAAGUCUCUAUCCUCUCUUUCUCUAGGUCUCUGCGUGGGUAGAUAAUAUCUGUCCCCUUGAACACUUCCUCUAUUAUUCCCACUAUUUCCUCCAAAACUUCCUCUACCUCGUCCUCUAUAACCACCUCACCCUCUUCUCUCUUCUUGUCUACCACCUGCAAUAUAUCCCCUCUGUGGACAGUCACUUUCCAAUGCCCUUCCUCUCUACAAUAUGCACUUUGAUUCCUACUUAAAGACUCCCUAUUCCACUUAUUCUCGCUUUUCUCGGUUCCCCUGUACACUUCCUUUUCCCUUCUAUCUACACCAGCGAUAGCUACCGCUAACAUAUCUGCCUUCCUUCUCAUCUUACGCUCUUCUUCCUUCUUCGUCUCUGUCUCCCUAUUCAUAUAAACCUUAUUUGCCAUUUCCAUUAGUUGAGUUAUAGACAUCCCUACAAACCCUUCUAGCUUUUGCAAUUUUCUUUUAAUAUCUCCGUAAGCCUGGCUGACAAAGGCAGAGUUAACCAUCCAGGAAUUCUCAGGAGCCUCUGGACUAAAGGGGGUAUACAAUCGGUAUGCCUCCAAUAAUUGGUCAUAAAAGGCACUGGGCGACUCAUCACAUUUCUGCAAUACCUCAGCCGUCUUUGACAUAUUGAUCUCCUUUUUCCCUCCGGCUUUCAUGCCAGUAAUAAUGGCUUCCCUAUAAGCUUUUAGGUGAGCCAUAUCAGCACCAUUAACAUUCCAAUUCGGAUCUACGUUUGGGUAAUGAGCUGCGGCCCAUGCUACUGGGUUGGCCUGAUUCUGUGCACGGGCCACUUCUUCAAGCGCUUUAAUUACCGCCUGAUUAAUCAGAGUCCUUUCCUCGUUAUUAAACAAUGUCAUAAGCAAUUGCUGACAAUCAGCCCAAGUGGGAUUGUGCGUUUGGAUUAUUGAGGUAAUCAAAUCUGUCAUGGCUUGAAGUUUGUCUGUGUAAGAAGAGUUAUGGGUUUUCCAGUUGAACAAAUCCAUAGUGGUAAAGGGAACAUAAACAAAUACGGGGUCGGCAUGUUGUAACUGGCCUUCACCAUUAAUGUGUGUCGGGCCCGGUGUCAAUCGGAGAGGCAUUUGAUAAUGUCGGGGUUGGAGGGUACCAGUCAUCUGUCGGGUUAAUACAGGGCUUUGGCAAGGCUGCUCAGUCUGAGAGUAGUAAGAUAGGUGGAAGGGGGUGAGCUAAUUUUACUAGUCAGCAUUUGGUGGAUGAAACUGUUUUUUUUUUUUAACGUGUUAAACCAAAAACCUACCAGUAGGUGUCACCAGAGGGUAAUUGUAUCAAAAUAAUCUUUAUGGGUCUAAUAAUAAAACUUAACUUUUAAUAUAUUUAUACAUAAAAUAAAACCUUAUAGCAAUAAAUAUAUUAAAAUAGGAUAAACAAUCCUACUUCUGUCUGUUAUAUGCCAGUAUAGCGUUAAAGAUGAUUAUGCAAUGUAAUAUCAAUGUAACUCCCAAAGAUGGCCAGUAGGUGACCCUAAAGUACCUCCCUAAAAUCUAAUGAAGCAGAUAAACUUUAAUUAUGUGCUUAUUUUAUUAUUACUUAUUUUAAUCACUGCUCACCCUGAUAUCUAGGCUUGAGUAAAGCUUUAGUUCUAUGGUAAAUUAAACAUCUCAGUUUGUACUUUAGUAAAAGGGAUAUUUUGAACAAAGCUGGGAGGGGCCCAUCCAGUAACUAAAAAAAAGAUAAAAGUGUACUCUAGCAUCCUAUACCAUUAAUCAUUUCUUCCAGUUGUAUUUUAGACUAUCACCGAAGACACACAGUAUUCAAUAGUUUUAGUGCUAUUUCAAUGUUUAUGGUACAAUGUCAUUGCUGAGAAUUAUCUGAUCCAAUAGACUCAGUUACUGUUAUUAAGAAUUCUCCUCACAAUUUAACUGUAAAUAAAAUUAAAUGCUAAAAUACACUCCUACCAAAAAGGAAGUCAAUUUAAAUUACAAAAAAACUGUUUGUACAGAAAUACAAGAGUUUGAAAGAAAAGAACAGAUAGGUAUGUGGGUAGGCGUGGACAAUAGAGCAGGGGGAGUGCAAAUACCAGCUAUACCAGUUUUGGGCUACUCUGGCUCUGGAGGAUGAAUUAGGGGUUGAUAAUCAGAUGCAAGAGGGGGGGAGGUGUCCAAAGCAGUUGUAAUUAAGGUUUUAGAGGACAAACAUGUUCUGGCUACCAUGGACUCCAUUGUUCCUCUUAGCACAGUUUGUUCCAUUUAGCAGUGUUUCAACAAUCUGUAUACAGAAACUACUCGUAUAGCCCCAACAUAUUAUUUAUAACACUGUAAACCUGCUGUAUUAAAUCUGGAUCAAGGAUCCACAGGAACACUGGUUACAAGAAGAGGCCGUCCUCUGCUACACAGAGUAUUUUAAUCUUUUGGGGGACAGUGUUACACCAUAAUCACAAACAGCAUAUUCCUUAGAAAGGGUUUUUUUUUUUGGUUUUUUUUGACACAUCCAAGACAAAGGACUGUUUGUGAAUCAGAAGCACCCAUGAUUUCAACAGAGCAUCUGAUUCAAAGCAGUACAAAUAUACAAACAGUUUCAACAGUCACACCAGUUACCUUAGCAACAGCACCACGUGGCACAGUUACUAGGCCAAACACACACCAAAAACACGAGGAGAAUUCUCAUACACACACAGCUGUUACACCACACACUAAAUAACUAUUACUAUACCUUUUUUGGCGAAAUUAUACAAUUAAAAAAACAAAUAACUAGUGUAUAGGCGUUUCGUGAGUAUAAAGAUAAGAGUGGUGGUAGAUAUAAGAGUGUUUCCCCAAACACAAUCAAAACGUGAAUAACAAAGAAAAAGUUUAUAUCAAACCACACAAAGUGAAAUAGUGGUAAAUAUGCAAAAAUACAACCUGAGCUUGUCAGUAUAAUCAGGUAAUAUCUAAAAGCAUAAAAUAGAAUACAACAUAGUGUAAUCUGUAUAAAGACAGUAAAGAUAGGGCAGAACAGACUGUCACUCACAUUAUGCAGAGCCGUCCCAGGCUCUGUAUUGCAGGCUCAAGGGUGCCAAUACAGGCAAACGAAGUUCCCAGAAAAUGGAUGGAGAAAUUUCCCCAAAAAAUAUAUAUUUAUUGAAAAUUCAAAAUUCAAAAUUACAAGGCUCAAGGUGCUAGGGGAGUGGAAUCCAAACCAUACAAACAAAAGGAUAUCCACUUACCCCAAGAUAAUGACCGAGAGCAAACACAUAAAAUAAACACAGAUAAAUAUAAAAUACAGCUGGGUAGUAAAAAAUAGCAGCAGACGCGUUUCGGCUCAAAAGCCUUCUUCAAGUGCUGGUGUUGAAGUCUCCAGAGCUUGUUUAAAUACACUGAAUAAUUACAGUCACAUGUGCAUAGUCUCCGUUCGAUUUCGUCACUUCCGGUAUUUUCGAAUGACGUCACUUCCGGUUAUCGGCGUUUGGAACGCAUGGUGGAACGCAUAAUGGAACGCAUGGUGGAACGCAAGCAUAACCAUGCCGUUUUUUGCCGCCGGAUGAAAAAGUUCAUAAUAUAUGAAAUGUAAAUGCAAGACAAGCAGGGAAUAAAUAAUGGAAAGAGAAAAUAAUUAAUUCAUUUAAGUUAAUACAUUAAAUGUAUUCCUAAAAUAUAUAUGAGGCAAUAAACAUAUGAGGAAAAGGGGAAGUAGUACAGAUAUAAUAAAAAAUAGUAAAAGAUAUAUAAUCAAAAUAAUAAGAGUUGGCAUAGAUAGAAAGUAAAAACAAUAAAAACUGAUAAUAAAAAAAUCCCUAUACAUUCUUAAAAUUUUUUAGAAAAUAUAAAACACAUAUCCAAUAUAUAAAAUUACUCUAAAAAUUGGCUAAAUUCAAAAUCAAAAUUUAGUCCAUUAGGGGAUAAUGAAUCUACUUCAAAUAUCCAUUUACUUUCUAUCUUAGCCAACUCUUUUACAUUAUUUUCACCUCUCCAAUUUUUUUCUUUUUUAAAAAUAGCCAUGAAAGAUAAAACAGAUGGAUCACUUCUAUGUUUUUCAGCAAAAUGUGCUGAUACACUAUGUUUAAGAUAUCCCCUCUGGAUAUUGCCCAUGUGUUCCGCAAUUCUGGUUUUUAAAGCUCUAGUGGUCAUCCCAAUAUAUUGCAGACCACAUGGGCACCAGAGGAGAUAUAUAAUAUUAGCCGAUUGACAAGUUAAAACCUGGCGAAUGGAGAACAGACGGUGAUUGUGACAAGAAGUAAAAGAGGUAAUUUUUUGUUUUUUAAAAAGAGUCUUCUUACACGCCACACAAGAUUUACAAGGAUAAAAGCCUUGUUCUAAGUUAAAAAAGUUUUUUUGUCUUUUAUCUUUAAUAAAACUAGUAGUUAAAUGUUUUAAAUUUUUCACACCUCUAUAUAUUAUAGUCGGUUUUUCUCCUAUAAUAUUCUUAAGAGCUGGAUCUGAUCUAAGAAUAUGCCAGUAUUUAUUUAUAAUAUGUUUAACUUGCCUAGCAUUUUCAUUAUAAUUUAAAACAAUAGGAACACUUAAGAACUUUUCAUUAUUUUUGUUAUAGAUUUCUUUUUUGGUUUUAAAAUUUCUUUACGUUCUUUAUCUUUGGUUUUCUUAAUAAAAAAAUCCAAAGAUUUCGAGUCGUAAUUUUUCUCCACUAACCUAGUUUUUAAGAAUUGUGCUUGUUCCUCAAAUACUUUAGUAUCAAUACAAUUUCUAUGUAAUCGCAAAAAUUGGCUAUUUGGCAUAUUAUAUAGCCAUGGGCCAUAGUGGCAACUGGAUGUAUCGAUGUAUCCAUUAACAUCAACUUUUAAAAAAAAAUGUUUUAGUAUGGAUAGCCUGGUUUUCAAUAUAUAUAAAUAAAUCCAAAAAGCUGAUGCCGGUGGCACUAUGUUCACUAGUGAUACGUAUAUCGGAACUGUUUUCAUUAAGAAACUCCACAAAAAAUUUAAGAGAUUCCUCAUCUCCUUGCCAGAUGAAAAAAAUAUCGUCUAUGUACCUACGAUAGAGGACCAGAUUAUGCGCCCAGCGUGCUUCAGAGAGAAAAAGAUUUUCCCACCGUGCCAUAAAAAGAUUGGCAUAGCUGGGCGCAAAUCUGGUACCCAUCGCGUUACCUUUGUAUAGAAUGUAUAGGGAUUUUUUUAUUAUCAGUUUUUAUUGUUUUUACUUUCUAUCUAUGCCAACUCUUAUUAUUUUGAUUAUAUAUAUUUUACUAUUUUAUUAUAUCUGUACUACUUCCCCUUUUCCUCAUAUGUUUAUUACCUCAUAUAUAUUUUAGGAAUACAUUUAAUGUAUUAAUUUAAAUGAAUUAAUUAUUUUCUCUUUCCAUUAUAUAUUCCCUGCUUGUCUUGCAUUUACAUUUCAUAUAUUAUGAACUUUUUCAUCCGGCGGCUUGCGUUCCACCAUGCGUUCCAUUAUGCGUUCCACCAUGCGUUCCAAACGCCGAUAACCGGAAGUGACGUCAUUCGAAAAUACCAGAAGUGACGAAAUCGAACGGAGACUAUGCACAUGUGACUGUAAUUAUUCAGUGUAUUUAAACAAGCUCCGGAGACUUCAACACCAGCACUUGAAGAAGGCUUUUGAGCCGAAACGCGUCUGCUGCUAUUUUUUACUACCCAGCUGUAUUUUAUCUUUAUCUGUGUUUAUUUUAUGUGUUUGCUCUCGGUCAUUAUCUUGGGGUAAGUGGAUAUCCUUUUGUUUGUAUGGUUUGGAUUCCACUCCCCUAGCACCUUGAGCCUUGUAAUUUUGAAUUUUGAAUUUUCAAUAAAUAUAUAUUUUUUGGGAAAUUUCUCCAUCCAUUUUCUGGGAACUUCAUUUGCCUGUAUUGGCACCCUUGAGCCUGCAAUACAGAGCCUGGGACGGCUCUGCAUAAUGUGAGUGACAGUCUGUUCUGCCCUAUCUUUACUGUCUUUAUACAGAUUACACUAUGUUGUAUUCUAUUUUAUGCUUUUAGAUAUUACCUGAUUAUACUGACAAGCUCAGGUUGUAUUUUUGCAUAUUUACCACUAUUUCACUUUGUGUGGUUUGAUAUAAACUUUGAAAUUAUACAAUUACCCACGCUAUAAUUCUCAGUAUUUAAAUUACCUGUCUAUAACACACCCUAGUAACAUCGUCUUUACAAACAGUAGUUAUAGUACGGUUAGCAUUGGUUAGAAUACAAUUUUAAAGUCACAGGUCAGUUAGUAGUUAUGGUGUUAAACAUACAACAUAAACGACAGUUAUUAGUGAUUAUUUACAGUAUCAGUGAUUAUAAUACAUGGUUAUGGUACCGUGUGCUAUGAUACAGUUACACACUAUUCACACUCUCGCUAGACGGCAGAGCUCACGCUACCCAGCAAGAUAUACACUCUACUAUAAUAAAUUUUAACACAUUUACAGUUUCCCAACUAAACUAUUGGACAGUACCUCGAGGGACUACCUAAAACUAUUUACAUCCGUUUUGGUUAGCCGUCGCUGCCCAAGCACCACAUAUAGCGAACUAGAGGGCGGAAUUUACAACAAUACCCUUUUAGUCUAUCUACUCUAUCAAUAGUCUAGUAGGUUCCAAAUUUAAACGCCUUCCCACUUAGCCAAGAUAGGUUGAGAACUAGCAAACGAUAAUGUACACCAGAGUUUGCUUAGUCUCCCGGUCCCUCCGACCUAGCAAACGAAAUGUACACCCUAGAUACGCUAGUCUAGACAAGACACCGGUGUCCGGCUUGGGCUAUAUACAUUCAACCAAGACCCAGCCUGACUCCAUACCAAGAUUAGACGGGCUGACUACAGGGCGUCUAAUUAUAAGCGGUGCACCUUCGCUUCUUCCCUCCCUGGAGGGGGCCAAUUCCAUACACAAUUCCAAUUCAAACCCCUUAUGGGCCUACCGCACAAUCGGUAUCCAAUACCCCUAGUGGGUCCACCGUCUAAAACAUUAGUCGUCUUACCUCCUCGUUCCUGAACCUGAGUUCACACUCAUCGACGGGGACACCCCAGUACUUACUACGUAGAGGCCGAUGAUCUCCUGGACAACAGACCAGUGGCGCCGAGACGAAGGGAGGUCCACGCAGAAGUUCAGGGGUGCAGCCAUAGAGAACGUGGGCAAAGAUAGACGUCUCACACCUCUGCUUCCUAGCCACCGUUAACGACGAGCUUCCCGGCCAAUGCACCAAAGAUGUUACCGGGAAACUGGCGGAGGCCAAGCACAGAGAGAUGGACACAGGUUUCUUCAGGAAGGAAGAGAUCGUUAUUCGAUUCACCGACCGGGACUCAGAGGGACUUAUGUCACCAAAAACAGCAAAGAUCUGAGUACUGAUUACAUAGAGUACAUUCCUUAUAUAGCACUGUAGCUCUUCCCAUAAUUAGCUACGCCCACACAUACCCUUAACCUAAUCAAUGAAUAGAGUCUAAACUCAUCCAUCCGGUCUAACCACGUGGCUCAUCUGAAACAAAGGAGAGGGGCGCGUAAUUCCAGUUCCUGCAUUCCUGCACAUGCUCAGUACAGUGAUGACAGUAUCUUAGCUACGUGUAACUAACUAACUGAUACUACAAACACAUGUACCUACAUAUGCCUUGUGGCAAUCUUGGCCUGCUAAACUUUUAUUUUACUGGAAUUCCAUCACAGUGUAAUAUAUAUAUAUAUAUAUAUAUAUAUAUUUAUUAUUAUAAUUAAUUUUUUUUAAACAUUGCUUAAUUUUCAAAGAUACCUGCAUAUUUAAUUAAAUAUCCUUUAUAUGUCUCUAAGGCAUAAAAUGUCUGAAAAUUAAGAUUACAUGUUCUGGGUGUUCCCGUGAUUCCUUUUUUAUCAUUUAUAUUUCUUUAAGUCUGGAAUCUGAUUCCUUUUGGGAUGAGCACCCCUCUGAGCCCCCCAGUUUCAGAGGCUUCUUUGGAGGUGACCACUGAAAAGUAUAAAUUCUAUAAAAUAAAUGUGACAGUAAAGUUACCUUAAUUAUACUUUUCAUAUAGCAGAUAUGUGAUUUAAUAUAUCAGAGUAUUAUCACUUUAAUUGACACUGCAUUUUUUAUGCAUUAUUCUUUGUGCAUUAUUAUUCUUUUUUUUUUCUUAUGUUUAAUGUCUGUUUAGAAUAUUGCAGGCUUUGCAAUAUCACAUUAAUUUUGCAGUAUAUAUAUUCACAAUUGUAGAAUAUGUGGUGGAACUGAAUCCCCAUAUAUGAGAUUUAAAACUGUAUUUUUAUGGAGGGUGGGGCCGGACCGCCGAGCUGGAAGGCAGCAUGGCAGCUCAGCUCCUACAAAUUAAUAACUAAAUAGCCACAAAAAGAACAUUUUUAACCAUACCAAGGACCGCCAGCACCUGUCCUCAGUGUAGAGGGGACACUGGAUCCAGGGUGAGGCUGGCUCCCCAAGCUACAGUCCCCAGGAGGAGAGGCCCUUGAUGCUCUAAUUUGGGCCUACUCUGGCGGUGAGUGGGGCGGACGGCCGCUGCUCCACUAUCCUGCCUAACAGACCCAACCAGAGGACGGCAACCGUGUGGAUCUGGCCCUGUCCCCCCCUGGACCGGUGGGGGUGAUCCCGGUCGGCACCCUGGGACCCAGACCGAGACAGCACAACCCGGGGGCCAACAACAUUACCACCCAGCCUCUUGGCCCAAACGCCUCAACUAAAAUGGCGGCUGACAGAAGGAGGGUAUGCCUUUUCCACGAUCCCGAAGGGAGCAAAGAGACCUCUGGGAACAAGCUGGUCCGACGUCUAUUAUGGCAAGCAACAAGCCACUACUAUAGCAACCAAGCAAAGCAUCCAAGCAAAGAAAGGCUAACCACUCACAGCCACCUCUGGUGAGACCGCGCCACCAACUAACAACCAACCGACAUUUGGACUGCAAUAAACUCACAGGGGGCACCGAUAAUGCAGAGACUCAUAUGACCUAUAUGCGACAACGCUACUUUACCCUCUUACCAGCAUUGAGCCACAAAGCAAAAGUCUCUCCACCAAGCCGCAAAGCGGAACGGGCGGACAACAUCCACAAGGCUACAAGCGAAUGGGCACAACAAUGCUCCACAACCCACUGGAUAAUCCGGCGUCCCCACUACUACUCCUACCAGUGGAACAUGAACAUGACUGCAACCUUGAAUACCAGCGGCAAGCAUAAAAUACUGUCUAAAUAUAAGAGACUGCCAACAUAAAGGGGGUUCUUAGUAACUCAGUCGUUUUUACCAGCUACCAGUCAGGAAUAUGGGGAUCUGCACUUAACUAGCUAAUACUGUUGUGUCUUUAUCUCGGGAGGUGGGAGGCAUAGCUAGUUAAUCUGGGUCCAGGGAAGUGCUUGUAACUAACUGCUUAACUACUGAAGCACCACAUCUGGCAAGACGCAAUGUUGAUGUAUAGGCUCCAUCACAUAUCAAUCGAGUUACAUGUUAAAACUAGCCUGAUGCAAUUACCGUUGACAGAACCCUAUUACUUUGUUUUUAUAUGCCAUAGCCUGGUUUAUUUUCCUUUUUCUUUUAAGCUAUUAUAGUUCAUCGACCGCUUGCUAUGCCCUAAAAUGAUGCCUGCCUAUUGUUUAUGUGCGGACACACACUAACUCGAUAAUAAUAUAAUAUCUAACAAGCAAUAGGACAGGAAAUAAACCUAAUAAUCUAAGUAUGAACAAAACGGUAUUUCUGAUAUCUGAGUAACACUACUAGACUAAGCUGGUUUCCCCUAAGUUUAAUAAUUGUUUAAGUCAAAUGAUUGCUAAAAUGUGCCAGGCAUAGAACAACAACCACCUCAUGGGCGUCCGCAGGGGGGGCAAGGGGGGGCACUUGCCCCCCCCUGGAUUUUUCAGCUUGUUCUGCUAUUUUGUGUGAGAUUUAAAAUGAACUGCAAUACCGGCGCCGGCCAGUAGGUGGCGCUGUGUAUGGAGAGAGACAGGGAUAGGAAGCUGCAUCUUAUCCCUGCUUCUCUCUGCUGAUUGAAACCGCAGGGGAGCAACACAUGCAGCCAGAGACAGCCUACAGAUCAGGUAAGUGGGGGAUGGGGGGAGGGUUUGAGAUAGCCUAUAGAUUUGGGGGGAUGCAGCAGCCUAUAGAUUUGGGAGGGGCAGCAGCAGCCCAUAGAUUUGGGGGCAGCAGCCUUUAGAUUUGGGGGCAGCAGCCCAUAGAUUUGAGGGGGGGCAGCAGCCCAUAGAUUUGGAGAGGGGGGCAGCAGCCCAUAGAUUUGGGGAGGGUGGCAGCAGCCCAUAGAUUUUUGGGGGGGCAGCAGCCUAUAGAUUUGGGGGGGCAGCAGCCUAUAGAUAUAUAGAAAUGAACAGGAAGGGUCAGCAAGGAGCUGGAAGGUAAAGCAGCACAAAGGUAAAGUAGAAGGAGCAGAAAGGGUCAGAAAUUAGCUGGAAGGGGCAGAAGGAGCACAAACAUAAAGUAGGAGAAUGAGCAGGAAGGGCCUGCAAGGAGCAGGAAGGAGCAGAAAGGGUCAGAAAUGAGCUGGAAGGGGCAGAAGGAGCACAAACAUAAAGUAGGAGAAUGAGCAGGAAGGGCCUGCAAGGAGCAGGAAGGAGCACAAAGGGAUAGCAAGGAGCACAAAGGUAAAGGAGCAGAAAGAAUCAGGAGGACCACAAAGGUAAAGUAGGAGAAAGAGCAGAAAGGGACAGCAAGGAGCACAAAGGUAAAGUAGAAAAGGGAGCAGAAAGGGUCUGCAAGGAGCAGAAAGGGAUCAGAAUGAGAAAGGAGCAGAAGGGCAGAAAAUAAGCAGAAAGGUAAAAGAGCAGAAGGGGCCAAGGAUAGAAAACAGUGUCAGAAGAAAAAAAAAGACUGUCAAAUGAAGGAGAGGAAAAAGGAGAUUGGAGCAGGAAGGACAAAUGAAGUGAACCCUCCACUUUAUUCUGGACACCACAUCAUAAGGCUUUGGUACCUGGGCCUGGCAGGGAAACGCUGGACCUUCUCAUCUCCAAAGGUAAAAAAAUAUCGGUGUUAAUGUGUUCACUUUUAUUUACUGAGUGUCAGGAAGCACAGAGUGCCGUUGGGUAGGGGUGUUGCUGAUUGGCUAGAGCGGUCAGCUGGCACUCUAAACCAAUCAGUAGCUCCCCAUUCAUAAAAAAGUAAAAAUAUUUUAUGAACCGGGAACUAGCGAUUGGCUUAGAGCGUCAACUGACCACUCUAGCCAAUCAGCGGCACCCAUGCCUGACGUCAAUCUGCACUUCCUGACACUCUGUUUCAGAAGCCAAAUACCACUGAGCGACCUGGAGCUGGAGGAAGCCUUUGGGGUUAAACCAUUUGAGAGCGAUUUAACCCCUUAAAGGAAAGCGAGCACCCAGGGGCUUCCUGGCAUCAUAGCAUUUUCAUUUAGGUGAAGUUGUUAUGGUGACCAGAAAUGUCCUUUAAUUUGCUUAAAGGAACACUAUAGUGUCAGGAAUACAAACAUAUAUUCCUGACACCAUAGUUGUGAAAACGCUAUUCACCCUGGCUUUAUGUGAUAAUGGCUAUGCCCCUUCCCUUUCAUGACACUGUCAAAAAGGUACCAAGCAUGGAUGUCAUUACAAUUAUGCCCCCCCCUGGAAAAAUUCCUGCGGACGCCCAUGAACCACCUGUUAAUCAGCAUAACUUUCAACAACGCGCAUACUUUUAACAUUGAUCGCAUGUAUUUGUACGCAUACCUACUUAUAAAAAAUGUGCAGCUUAAACCUGUCAUGACAAUGUUUACGUUGAUAUACCUGUGACUGCUGUCGUGGCAUAACAGGCAUGUUUGUAACCCAUAAUGCACAACAAAAAUAAAGAAUAAAAAAAACAAAACUGUAUUUUUAUUUUUACUCUUUGCCCUUAUCUGUAUUUAUAUACAUAAUUGCGGCAGCAUAUAGCUUUUAAAGAAGCAAUUAUUUCACCCUUCAUGUGUGGUUGACUGUGGACUUUUUAAAACCUAUUUUUUUUUUUUUUUAUAAAUCUGUUUCUGGUUCUGAGAGAGCAGGCUGCUGAAUGCAUGUAAAUGCUGUUAUUGCCUAGUCUAUAUACUUUUAUUUAUAAACAACAUUGACAUAUUGAUAUUUAAACAACUUUGAUAUUUAAUCUUAUUUUAUGAAAACCUAGUUUAUGAAAUUCACUGAGUUUACAUGUGUCUGAUCUGAUUAGUCAGUAGUACAAUAUAAUUGUUCUAAUUUCCUUACUGCUAGUACGGUGGGAUAGUACCACUGAUUUAAGUAAGCUUUCCCUUUUACAAUUGGUGGACUUUACUGCCAUUGCAAUAGACUAAAGACUGUACCUGAGUAAGCAAAGUCAUUAUGUGCAGGAAUUGUGCACUUUAUUUUUUUCAAUUUGACAAUUUUUAUUUUGUCAUACAUCAAAAAGCAGUGUAUGGGGGGGGUGGUACAGAAUAAAAAGGGGAGAGGUGGGGAGGGAUAUAGGCAACGUUGUUUACACGUACACGUUCUGCCAUGGGUAUGUACAUUAUACAUAUAUCACAUCACAUAGUUCACAUCACACUUCCCGCGUUCCACAUUUCCAACGCUAGCGUAUACACUUCAACCAUUACACUUUAAACGUUCAUUUUUGGAAUUGUGCACUUUAAAUAGUAGAAUACUUAUGCUAUUCUAGUGAAUUGGGCUGGCUGCUUAACACAUCAUUUAAGAUCUUUUGGUUACAUUUAAAGCUGUAAAUGUAUUUAACAUUUUAUUUAAAUAAGCCUUUAAUAAUUUCAGUUUAAAAGUUAUCAGAGAUCCUGUAUAGUUACCAUUUUAUUUAGCCCUGAUUUAUCUUACAUAUAUAUUAUUUUUAAUUAUUUUAUAAAUAUUUAUUUUUUUGCAGAGGAUUUAGAGAAGCAAAGGAUGUAUAACCACCUGUUGCCCUUUUUUCUAUCAGGGUAGUAUAAUUUCAACUCUGUUUAGGAAAAAAUAUGAACUAGUUAGCCUAUAUUAUAUAAAAUACAUGCUGCAGUGUGCUGCAUUGUACUGCACUGAAUUUAUUUAAAAGCCAUGUCUUUCUCUUUAUGGUUGUAUGUAAUAAUGUUGUUCAUAAUUUGGAAUAUAAAACGACGACUUCUCAAUUCCUUGGAAUGUUUACAUGUCUCUGUAUCUCCGCAACCUUGGCUGGAAAUUCCAGACUCCAAAAAUAGUUAUGCUGUUAUAAUUCCUGAUUUUCAAUCAACAGCUAGUGUAACUGACAAUAUGGAAAUUAUCAGUGUUUUAUAAAACUUUUCAUAUAUAGUGGACAUUAGAAUCCAGAACGCGGUAAUGCAAUAAUUAAAUAUCCUGUCUGUCUGUUGCAUGAAUGUUUUCAUUAAGCCAUCAGGGCCGUCUUUAACGCGGGGCAAACGGGGCAGCUGCCCCGGGCCCAGCUACUCUUGGGGGGCCCAAGGCAGCUUCCCCGUGGGCCCCGCUGCCCUCAACAAUUGUUUCUCCCAUGGGGCUGCCGGUCCCCACAUUAAGCAGGCCACCGGGUGGGUAUUGUAAGCAGGGGCCCGGUCACACACUGUAGCUCUUUAACAGCGCGACCGGGCCCUUUGCUUUUCGGCAGCGCUGGGAGGAAGUGACUGCUGCGAGUCACUUCCUCCCACUAAGGAGAGGAGCCGCGCGGGAGACGAAGGAGGGAGCCUUAGCCAGGAGAGACAGAUCCCAACAGCCUUCAGUCUGGACACCUGGGGAACCACCUUCCAAGGUAGGAAACUAAAAGUGUAAAUUUAUGUCAGUAUGUCUGUCUGUGUCUGUGUUUGUGUCAGUAUGUCUGUCAGUGUAUGUUUGUCAGUAUGUCUGUCAGUGUAUGUGUCAGUUGUGUCAGUAUGUCUGUCAGUGUAUGUUUAUGUCAGUAUGUCUGUCUGUGUUUGUGUCAGUAUGUCUUUCAGUGUAUGUUUGUCAGUAUGUCUGUCAGUGUAUGUUUAUGUCAGUAUGUCUGUCAGUGUAUGUGUUUGUGUCAGUAUGUAUGUCAGUGUAUGUUUAUGUCAGUAUGUCUGUCUGUGUUUGUGUCAGUAUAUCUUUCAGUGUAUGUUUGUCAGUAUGUCUGUCAGUGUAUGUGUUUGUGUCAGUAUGUAUGUCAGUGUAUGUGUUUGUGUCAGUAUGUCUGUCUGUGUUUGUGUCAGUAUGUCUUUCAGUGUAUGUUUGUCAGUAUGUCUGUCAGUGUAUAUUUAUGUCAGUAUGUAUGUCAGUGUAUGUGUUUGUGUCAGUAUGUCUGUCAGUGUAUGUGUUUGUGUCAGUAUGUCUGUCUGUGUUUGUGUCAGUAUGUCUUUCAGUGUAUGUUUGUCACUAUGUCUGUCAGUGUAUGUUUAUGUCAGUAUGUCUGUCAGUGUAUGUGUUUGUGUCAGUAUGUAUGUCAGUGUAUGUUUAUGUCAGUAUGUCUGUCUGUAUUUGUGUCAGUAUGUCUUUCAGUGUAUGUUUGUCAGUAUGUCUGUCAGUGUAUGUGUUUGUGUCAGUAUGUAUGUCAGUGUAUGUGUUUGUGUCAGUAUGUCUGUCUGUGUUUGUGUCAGUAUGUCUUUCAGUGUAUGUUUGUCAGUAUGUCUGUCAGUGUAUGUUUAUGUCAGUAUGUCUGUCUGUGUUUGUGUCAGUAUGUCUUUUAGUGUAUGUUUGUCAGUAUGUCUGUCAGUGUAUGUUUAUGUCAGUAUGUCUGUCAGUGUAUGUGUCUGUGCUUGUGUCAGUAUGUCUGUCAUUGUAUGUCUUUGUGUAUGUGUGUCAGUAUAUGUGUCUGCAUAUGUCAGUAUGUCUGUAGUGUAUGUUUCUGUGUGUGUCAGUAUGUCUGUCAGUGUGUGUGUCAGCGUGUGUGUCAGUAUGUCUGUCAGUGUAUGUCUCUGUGUAUGUGUGUUAGUAUGUCUGGCAGGGGGCAGAGUCCAGGGGCCCCAAGCAAAUGGUUGCCCAGUGUCCGGUCAAUAUUAAAGACGGCCCUGUAAGCCAUAAUGCAAUUUUCUUUGCAUUCUUGGAAUUAGACUUCAAAUUUAAUCGCUCUGUCUUAUUACUUUUCUUUUGACAACAUUUUGCAUUAAUCUUUUUUCUGUGCAUGCAUACUAAGCAGCUACAAAGAGAACAUAUCCCCCUGUCUGCAAUCCACUGUCCUGGAACUAAUGAGCCAUGCUGUGCUGGCGUAUUAGGCAUAUCAGGGAGUUUACCAAAUAUGUAUAUUUAUUCUCUUAUGAUAUUAAUUAAGAUCCACAAUUUCAGCAUUGUAUGCUAAUAACGAUGUACCUGGCACCUGAACUCACAGUGCCUUGUUCACAUUAAAAUCAUCUCUAAUGAUGAACAUCUCUCUCUGAGUCUGGGCUACAAAUAGCUCAAUAGAUGCUUGAUAUUUCAAGACUUGUGCCAUGACAAAGUAUUGUGUCUUCUCUUACGUAUAAGAGGUUACCUAGGUAUUUAUUUUAUAUUUAAAGCUUCCAAGUACAAGUCCCUUUGUGGUCGCCAAUUGUAACCGCGGGUGGUUCCCUUAUUUACCACUAUAAUGUCAUAAAGCAUAGAACUUAGUAGGGCUAACCAUACAUAUAUCUUAGCCAUAAUUUUAUAUAGUUAGUAAGAGAUCCUCUAUUUAACAUUUAUAAAUAAUUGAGAAUACAAUAUAAAAUAAGGAUUGUCUUGGAAGCAAUAGUUUUGUCUUUUUGGAUAUUAUAUAAAAAUAUAAAUAUAAAAUCCAUUAUAGCAGAGUUUAUAAGAUUAAAUUACAUGCUUGCAAAUAUCAUUAAUAGGUUAACAUACCCUCCUGAACAUGUCAUCAUGUCAGCCUCUCUGUCAUUUUAAGAUGGAGCAGGGUCUGUCUCCAAGUCUCUCCUCUGUGUCUUAACAUUUAAAAGUACACCUAUUUAUACCUUAGGUGUCUCCAUUUCCGGGUUACCGUAGUUCAUAUGUGAAAAAGUAACACUUCUUUUACUUUAUUCAUUUUAGGACCUCCCUUAAUUUUGCAAACAUACAAGGCCAUAACAGAAGGGUGCAUACGUCAUGGAAAUUUUCCUGACUUAGUUCAAGAUGGCAUCUUAAAGUCUGAAUAGAUUAUCUGUUGUUUAUACUAAGUCGUAAGUGUACAGUCGUGGGAGAUUCCCGGAUUUGGGGAAGUUCCAUUAACUUGGGGUUACCACAGUAUAUUGUGUACUGAAAGAGUCGUAGUAUAGCCUUGAAGCCUGUUUUUGCAUUUUUGUUAUUGUAAUUCGUCUGGGACAAAAUGGCGCAAACAUAUUAUGCACUGAGGUUAUUGCUUAAAGAAACAGUUAUGAAAAACAAUAUGUCCCAUUUCUAACACCUUGUCAGUUUGCAAUAUCUCUUAAAGACAAAGUACACAGUUUAAAAAAUACAACAUUUCAUUCUAAAACUUGUAAUAUUUGCAUUUGCCCAUAAUUAGCAAUACAUUUAUACAUUUAUAAAUAUGUUUUAUUAUUGGAUUCUCGUCUAUCCAACAUUGACAUUAAUAUUGUUUCAGUCACUUGUCACAUCUGUAUAUGAAGCUCAGACAGGAUAGAUAGAUAGAUAGAUAGAUAUGUACAUUAAUAUCUUAUUUUUAUGUCUAACACUUAUUUCAUCUAAUGCUUACACCGGACAUCCAAUUUUGAAAUACUUACUUAAAGGCACCCAGACCACUUCUGCCCAUUGGAGUGGUCUGGGUGCCAACUCCCACUACCCUGUACCCUGCAAGUGUAAUUAUUGCAGUUUUUUAUAAACUGCAAUAAUUACCUUGCAGGGUUAACUCCUCCUCUAGUGGCUGUCUACUAGACAGCCACUAGAGGGCACUUCCGUGUAUCUAGCACAGGUUUUCUGUGCUAGAGCAUCUGUGGACGUCCUCAUGCUGUGUGAGAACCUCCCAGGGUCACUCAAUUCCCCAUAGGAAAGCAUUGAAAAGCAUUUUCAAUGCUUUCCUAUGGAGAGCUCUAAUGCGCGUGCGCGCCAUUGCCGCGCAUGCGCAUUAGGUCUCCCUGGCCGGCAGGCGGGAUCAGUCACGCCCACCGGCUGACGUAAGGAAGGGGAGGAGCGGCGGCGACCUGAAGCCACCACCGAGGGACAUCGGCAGGGGUCUCAGGUAAGUGACUGAAGGGGUUUUCACCCCUUCAGCAACCGGGGAUAGGAGGUGGGAGGGAGAGGGGACCUGCAGUGCCAAGAAAACAGAUUGUUUUCCUGGCACUGGAGUGUCCCUUUAAUAUCUUUCCUCUCCCUAUUAAGGAUAUAUACUUUAAGAUUGACUGAAUUCUUUAUGAAUUCUUUCUGGCAUUGGAGGAGUUAAUUUGUUUGCUUUCAUGACCCUCUGGCAUUGAAGUGGUUAAUUUGUUGGUUCUAAUGACCCUCCUCCUCUUCCUCUGCCUAAUUUGAUAUGCAGCUGUCACUGACAUCACACACACACAAAAAAAAGGGCGGCUCCAUUUCCCCUUUAAAGGGAGGCAAGAUUUCAGUCUGAUCUUGACAAAGGCGCAUGCAUAUAAGUGACGGAACGCGUGUCGAGCAGAUGCUCCACUGUUCUUUUUUAAUACUUGGACAGCUUUUGCAUGUCUUAACAACUUGCCAUUACUAUAAAUCUUAAUCUCUCUGGGCAAAUAGGCAGUUUCAAUUUUGGGGCAGUAGUAGAUGAGUUAGUAUUGGCUGUUUUAGUUAGAUGAUAGGCUGCCUUGAAGCAGCAGUGUUUAGCUUAUUUCACACUGGCUAUAUCUAGUUUAUGAGGGGUUAACCUGAAGCAGUUAUUUACAGAUUUUUUAAAACUAUCUUUUCUAUACUACUAGCUAAUCUCUGUAUCUUCAGGGUGUAUACUAUAUGGGACUACUUGUUCCUCUACUUAUAAGCAGACCAAUUUAGGUCUGCAUACUUGUCUAUCAUCUACAUAUUAUUAUAUUGGCUCUCAGCACUUGACAAUAAGGGAUUAUAUACUAGGGGCAAUUUCAUAUUCAAUUGUUGGUUUGCCAGCUGUUAUAGUUUCUCAGCCUGGGGUUUACUGAUUUGGAUUACCCCAUAUAUUCCAAUUUCCUUUUCAUUCUAUGGUUUCUUAAAGAUUAAUUAAGCUGAUUAAUAAGAGAGUCACUGGUUAACACCAUACAGAGCCUUCUUUACUCUACAAUUUCUGCUUUUGAUCCAUUACACUGCCUAAGGAUCAGUCUGCUAUUCUUUAUCUACAUUUAUUGUUGUUAUAUAUUAGAUACUAUAUCAGACUUUCCUAGUCCUCAGCAGCUCAUGAGACUUAGAUGGGUGCUUUAAAUUUGUAUGCAUUUUUGCGACAUAGUAUCAGGUUACGUUCACCCGCUUUCUAAUAGGCAUGUGCAUGUGGAAAAUCUUCAGUUAGGUUCGGCAUUCCGAAAUUCGGGAAUUCGACACUUCGGCACUUCGGCACUUUGGGACUUCUCUUGUAGAUAACUCCCUAAUCCCCACGGUACUAAGGAGUUAUCUACCAAAAGGCUGAAAGACCUAAAUUGGUCUUUCAGACAAAUUUACUAAUACUAAGUAAAAAUUACUUAGUAUUAGUAAAUUUUGCCCCUACUUGCUAUACCACGAGUAGGGGCAUGUCUCUUAAACAGCUGCUCACUGUUAAAAAAAAAAAAAAAAUAUUUCCACCCUCGGCCCCCACCCCUGAGCGGCGGGUGGGGGCCCUAAAGUAAAAUAAUGGGGGGGACCUAUUGUCCUCCCCCUCGGCCCCCACCCCUGAGCGGUGGGUGGGGGCCCUAAAUACUAAUAAGGGGGGGACCUAAUGUCCUCCCCCCUGGCCCCCACCCCUGAGUGUUGGGUGGGGUCCCUAAAUUAGAAUAAGGGGGGGACCUAAUGUCCUCCCCCCUGGCCCCCACCCCUGAGCGGUGGGUGGGGACCCUUAAUACUAACAAGGGGGGGACCAAUUGUCCUCCCCCCCGGCCCCCACCCCUGAGCGGUUGGUGGGGACCCUUUAUACUAAACAGGGGGGGAAGUGAGGGCAGGGCCAGAUUAAGAGCCCAGUGGGCCUGGUGCUGACAAUUAUGACGGGCCUAGUUACAAAAUGUUAUUGACCAAAAAUACUAAAACAGUCCUACCUCCUAAGCGUCAUGUAUCUGAUGGAGAUGGUGCUGGAGGGAAACUCAUAGGAUGCAGCUAUGAGAAAACAUCUUUCAAGUAAACCCAUACCCCCUAACAACAGUGUCCAGUAAAGCAGGAAGUCUAUGGACGGGACAAAAGGGUGGGCCACUGACACAAAUCACAUAACCAGAACUGCCGAAAGGGGCGAACAUACACAAAAAGGGGGCAUGUCUGUGUCCCCAUGUCUCUCAGUCCCUUAGUGUCUGUGUCCCCAUGUCUCCCAGUGUCCCUAUAUCACUAGGACACUAGGGUACAUUGAGAGACAUUGGGACACUGAGAGACCUGGGGACACUGAGACUCUUGGGGAAACUGGGAGACAUGGGGACACUGGGUAACUUUGAGACAUGAGAGGACACUGGGAGACAUGGGGCACUGAGACACUGUGAUACAUAGGGGACACUGAUAUAUAGGGGACACUGGAGACUUGAUAAAGACCUGGGUACAGGUCAAAAUGUUGCGGUGUCCAAUAAACCUGCUUAAAUUUAUCACAGUGAGUGCCUGCGAUUUUUUUAUUUUAUACUAGGGGACACUGAGACACUUGGGGGUGCUGUGAGACAUGGGGACACUGGGAGACUAGGGGACACUGAGACACUAAGGACACUGAAACACACCAGGGAUACUGGGAGACAUGGGGCACUGAGACACUCUGAUACACAGGGGACACUGUGAUACAUAGGGCAAACUGGAGACUUGAUAAAGACCUGGUUACAGGUUGAAACAUUGCGGUGUCCAAUAAACCUGCUUAAAUUUAUCACAGUGAGUGCCUGCGAUUUUUUUUAUUUUAUACUAGGGGACACUGAGACACUUGGGGGUGCUGUGAGACAUGGGGACACUGGGAGACUAGGGGACACUGAGACACUAAGGACACUGAAACACACCAGGGAUACUGGGAGACAUGGGGCACUGAGACACUCUGAUACACAGGGGACACUGUGAUACAUAGGGCACACUGGAGACUUGAUAAAGACCUGGUUACAGGUUGAAACAUUGCGGUGUCCAAUAAAUCUGCUUAAAUCUAUCACAGCGUAAUAAUAACUACCUAUUUCCAGAGCUAAAAGACUCUGAAUGUCGGUGUUAGCUGGAAAGGAACACAAGAUGAGGAAAUGUAUGCUCUUUGAUAGAACGCUGCACACCACUUAUAUUAAUGGUCAGAUAGCAAAUCCAAAGCCAACUGGCUAUACCUCUACCUACUCAGAAAAAUAGAUGAUACAUGCAGAAAUAGAUAAAGAAUAUAAAGUCGUCCAAUUGUCCUAAUCUCUGACUUUAUUGAGUGAGGUCUCUAUCAGGAGUUGGAUUUUCUUAUAUCACACUGAGUAGGUGUCCAGGAUACAGGGAGCAGAUGGCUGAUGUCACUGAUUCUACAAUAUCAUAAUAUAGAACUAGUAGAAGGUUGUUUGUAAUUACAAAUUGUUGCAAUCUCUCUUCUCCUAAUUUUGGUUAAUGCAAUUCAAUAUAGGAGACAGUUUGAGUGAAGAAACUGAGUCAGAUAGCUGUCAGGUUAGGGCUUCUGUAUUAUCACAGUGUUGCAAUAUUGUUGAAAAACGGAGAGAGCAUAAAGAGAAUACUAAUUAGCUACAGUUGCUUUAACCCUCAGUUGUAUGGGGUUGGUAACUUGUUUCAGAUUGCAGCCCCUAUCUACUGCUCUUAUCUAAUGCCUGUCUUGAAUAAACUUGAAGAAUUAAAAAAUAAGCGAAAAAUCUCUCUGUGAACUAGAAAUGAUUGAGUAAUUAUUAACUCAUAAGGUAUUCACAGGCAGAAUAGAGAUAUGAGUAGAAAUAUAACAGCUUCUCUCUGAUUGCUCACUAGACUUAAAUCUAUCACAGUGAGUGCCUGAGAUUUUUUUUUAUACUAGGUGACACUAGGAGACAUUGAGACACUGGGAGACUAGGGGACUUUGGGAGACUAGGAAACACUGAGACACUGCGGACACUGAGAGACACCUGGGACAUGGAGACAAGGGGAUACUGAAAUACUAGGGACACUGGCUGGUAGACAUGGGGACACUGGGAGUGCCCCAUGUCUCCCAGGUCUCAAAGUCACCCAGUGUCCUCAUGUCUCUCAGUGCCCCCUAGUGUCUCAGUGUCCCCAUGUCGCCCAGUGUCCCCUAGUAUUUGUAUCCCCAUGUCUCCCAGUGUCUCCCAGUGUCCCAAUGUCACUAGGACGCUAGGGGACACUUAGAGACAUUGGGACACUGGGAGACAUGGGGACAAUGAGACCCUGGGAGAGACAUGGGGACACUGAGAGACACAUGGGGACACUGAGAGACACAUGGGGACACUGAGAGACAUCAGGGACACUGGGAGACAUGGGGACACUGGCUGGGAGACGUGGGGACACUGAGAGACUAGGGGCCACUGGGAGACAUGGAGCCACUGUGUCCCUAGUGUCUCAGGAUCCCCAUGUUCCCCAGUGUCCCUAUGUCUCUCAGUGUCUCAGUGUCCACAUGUCUCGCAGGCUCGUAGCUGCUGUCUGGACUCUCUGUGCAGAGCUGCUCCCCCGCAGAUCAGUGAGUAGAGAGAGGCAGAUGCUGUAACUUCUUAUCCCUGCCUCUCUCCACACAAACAGUGACCCCCACUGGCUGGUGCUGGUAUUGCAGAAUAAUCUCUGUUUAUACUGAGAUAGACAUUUGUAUUGACGGCAUUACUUCAAUACCGGCACCGGCUAGGCAGCCUCAAAUACCUGAUAAAUACUUCUGAGAAAUACCUGGCAACCAUAAGAAAUACCUGGCAACCCUCAUAGUAGUGUGUGUAAAAAAAAAAAAAAGUUUUUUUUUUUUUUUUUUAAAUCAAUGGGCCUGUUCCAUGGGCCUGGGCCUGGAGCUGCAGCUCCAUCAGCCCCUAUGUUAAUCCGGCCCUGAGUGAGGGGGCUGUCGUCUCGGGGCUUGGGUGGUGCUAACCGGGUUCGUCGGUAGCCCCAGAGCGGUCAGUACUGAGUCCAUUUCCGCUGCGUCCGUUAGACGGGUUGUUGCGCCCCCAUGAGAGAUGACCAGGCUCCUAGGGAAUGCCCAUCGAUAUGGGAUAGACUGUUGAUGGAGCGUGGCUGUUAGUGGCUUGAGCCGGCUUCUCCAUAUCACUGUGGGCCUGGACAAGUCCUGAUAAAAGGAUAAGGUAGCAUUUUCAAAUGGGUAAUUUGCCUUGUUUCUCACGGCAGUCAUAAGGGUCAGUUGGGCUGCCCGUGUUCGUAGCUGCAGGAUGACAUCCCGUGGGGUGUCUGCUGGUGCUGUGGCGGCUCUCGGGAUGCGGUAGGUCCCAUCUAUCUCAGUUAGGCGUGCUUGUUGUGUUGAGAGCAGGGAGGUGAGCAGUCUCCCGACGUAGUGUGUCAGGUCGCAUGAGGCCACAGUCUCCGGGAUACCCCGGAUUUUUACAUUUCUGCUCCUGUGCUGGUCUUCUAGUGCAUCUAGGCGGCUGGUGAGUUGAGACUGAGCUCGCCUCAUCUCUGUGUUUUGGGCUUCCAGUUGUGUACACCGGGCGGAGAGGUCUUUCGUUUCUCCCUCUGUUGUUUUGACGCGCCCCUCUACUGUUUGUAUUUCUUCUCGCAGUGUGGCCACAUCUGCGGCAAACAUUUCGCGGAGGUUGCGGAGCAAGGCUUUGAUAUCCCCCUUCGUGGAGGGCAGCUCGCUAUCUUCGGAAGGUGUAAGCCCCCUGAGCUUGGGAAUUCAUCCAGCUCGUCCACUGCUUGGUCCUCGGAGGAGGCCGAGGCCGUAUCGCCAUGUUUUUUGGGGGUUUUUUUGCGCGGCGUGGUUUGGGGCCUGUGCAGGUCGGAGGAGAAGAUCCCUGAUGUCUCGUGCCCCUGUCGGUCUCGGGGUUCCCUGGUGUUUUGUCUUCUUCCCCAUCUCACUGUGACCCGAUAGAGGCUGAGGUUGGAGUGUUUCAGGUGGUUAAAUCGCUUAUUUCAGGCUUAAUUCUGCGGAGCUCUGCUGGCACACGUCUGCUCUGUAUGGCUGCUGGCUCCGCCCCCCCACCACAAGUUACCAUUUUGAAACACUAAUAUUUGUAUUCAGCGAAGUUUUCAGAGUAAAACAGUACCCCCCAUGUAAAGGUUUUAUGGUGUCUUGGAAAGUUACAGGGUUAAAUAUAGUGCUUGCAAGGGGGUGGGGCCGGGCCGCCGAGCUGAGCGGUCGCAGGACGGCUCAGCCCCUGCAAACAUAUAGCCUAUAAAUCGAGAUUUUAAGUUGCCAACGACUGCGACCCUCAAAGUAACCGGGCUACCUGAGCUGAGGAGAGGCUUGCUCCCGGAGUUCUAGUCCCUCGGAGGACCAAAUGGCUACUAAAAAAGACUGGACAUACCCCAUUUGCAAUACCUUGGGUUGUCUACUAUUGCAAAUGGUAUGCCAUUAUGGGUGUAUCUUUCAUUUCUGGGCUACUGUAAAGUCCCAAAGGCAACGUAACCAAUCUGACGAAUUUCAAUUUCAAAUGUAACGUGCUAUAUUUGACCCUGUAACUCCCCAAAACGCCAUAAAACCUGUACAUAGGGGGUACUGUUUUACACGUGAGACUUUGCUGAAUACAAAUAUGUGUAUUUUAUUGCAGUAAAAGCAAACAGUAUUAUGACAUUGACAGUUAAAAUGUAAUGUAGAACUAAAAAAAUUAAAAAAAAUCUUAUUUUCUCCCAAUUUCCAUAUUAAAUUAUGUUUCAUAGCUAAAUAUUUGAUAUUAAAUGAAAGCCCUGUUUCCCCUGAAUAAAAUGAUAUAUAAUAAGGGUGGGUGCAUUUAAUAUGAAAGAGGUGAAUUGCGGUUGGACAGACAUGUUGCGCAAAUGCCAGGUUUUGUUUACAUUUUGUUUCGUUCACAACGUGUACAUUUGGCUCAGUCCUUAAGGGGUUAAAUGACACACACCUGUGCCAUGCCUCACUAGGAAAAACUGGUGAUUUACACGGAUCUGUGCUGAACGGAUGAGAUCUGAUUCCAUGCUAUUUUUGUGACUGUGCAUACUGUACCUGACGUGGACACUAACCAGCAUGGCUUCACUUGAUGAGUACCCUCACUAACAUAGAGUAUUGUGUUUUGUUAGCAAUAUCACGAGAUGGCGAGCUUCACACCAGACUGGCUCCACCGCAAAGAAUUUACUGCUUUUUUGCCUUGCAACCAAUAGUAGUACUAGACAAAAGUCUGUGGGUCUUGUUAAAAUCGAGUCUGUAUGGUUUUCACAGUCCAGCCUUUGUUUGUGAUACUCAACCAGUGUCCUCUUCUAUGAUUACUAAUAGUGGGAAGGCAGCGCUCGCUACAAAGCAGUGGGAGGGCUACCUGGGCUGUCAGGCAGUCCUCCCGAAGAGGAUCGCGGCAGAGGUAAGUAAAUUUUACCUCCUGGGGCUGCAAGCCGGUACGGCGUUCCAUCCCGCCGCAAUGGCUUUAAAGCCCAUUUAAAUGGGGACGGCAUAGAACACCGUAACUGCGUUAAGGGGUUAAUAAAGUUGUGCAUUAUAUGUUUUUAAGGUUUUCUCAUUCCUAUGUUGGACUAGUACUUUAAUAAGGGUAAUAGGAUUGGUGUUGGGCUUGUUUCUUACUAGUCUGUACUAAUCUUAUUGAUUGAUCAGAUUUUUAUUAAGGAAAUAGUUCAGGUUACAUGGGAUCAGGUCUGAACUGGGGAUACAAAGCAGCCCUGGAAAAAAAAUCUAUGCCAGCCCCAUAAGUCACUGGACCAUGUAUUGUCACAUGUAAUACGUACGGCUAUGUGUUGCCACCCUAGAUGAUUGAGUAAUGUAUAAACACAUUUUAUAUAUAUAUGUGUAUAUUUUACUCAAUCAUCUAGGGUGGCAAGACAUGCAUACAUAUAAAUAUAUGCAUACAUAUUUGCCUUACAUAUUAUUGGUGUGUAUGUGUGUGUGUGUGUGUGUAUAUGUGUAUGUGUGUAUGUAUAUGUGUAUAUAUAUAUAUAUAUAUAUAUAUAUAUAAUUUUUAUUUUUUUCAAAUAUGGUGGGUAGGAGGGCUGUGAGUGGGUAGGGGGGUUGUAAGAUGGGUAGGGGUUCUGUAAGGUGGAUGGGGGACUAUGAGGUUGGUAGGGGACUGUGUGUGAGUAGGGGGGCCGUAUAGUGGGUAGGAGGGCUGUAAGGUGGGUAGGGGGGCUGUAAGGUGGGUAGAGGGGCUGUGAGUGGGUAGGGGGGCUGUAUAAUGGGUAGGGGGGCUGUAUUAUGGGUAGGGGGACUGUGAGGUAGGAAGGUGGGCUGUUUAGUGGGUAGGGGGUAUUGAUUAUUUCUUUGUGUAUCUGCCCCUGGCCAAAUCAAUGAAACAAUGCGUGCACGCUCCCUGAAGUAAUUCACACCAGACACAGGUUCCAGGUUGUUGAAUAACUUGAGGAAAGUUUAUUCAGAGGGGACGGCAGGUCCCUUUUAAAGCAAAAUUACAUCAUAAGCAUUGUCAGAGAUAACAUGGAAUAAUACAUCAAUAAUUGGUUAGGUGUUAAGUGGUCUUCCUAAUGCUCUGCCUACUAAGGGUGAUGUCACCAGGUCCAUGAGGGUCUCCCACGGUUUCCCGGCGCCAUCUUGCUACACGAGGUAGUAAAUCGGUGUUAAAGGGGGAGGAGGGGUUAGAAGCUUCUAGCAGCCAUCUUGAUUAAAGCACGUGUAUAUAGCUUUAUAUAGUAUAUCGCGGAAUGAGUAAAUAGAUAUUUUUACUAACUAGGAAAUAUGUGCAGACCUUAUUUCCACAACAGGGACUGACAUGGCUAGGGGGCUGUAUGGUGGGUAGGGGGGCUGUAUGGUGGGUAGGGUUACUGUGAGUGGGCAGGGGAACUGUGAGGUGGGUGGGGGGCCGCUGCAAGGUGGCACUAAUUAAUAACGCCGCCCACAAUGACAUCACUAGUGACGUGAACGUGCGUGCGGCGUCACGUUCUCGCCGUGCACGCACGUUCUGGGGUCAUGGGACCCAAAUCAGCCAAUAGCAGGAUUUACUGGGUUAUUUAAACCCAAACCUGCAGUUGUUCAGUGCCCUGUCGUGGUUUCCAUCCUGUCGGUUAUCCUGAUUCUGAUUAUUGUUUUUUUGAUCUUGGCUUGACUUCCCGUAUUUCUGGUAGCCCUGACCGUUUGGCUUUGUUCUUUCCAUAUUUGUUCCGGUUGGUAUUUGUUACAUGUUUUACCUAAUUCUGCGUGUUGCGCCACUAGUUCGUCCUGACACGGACUGGCCAUCAGGCACACAGGGCAAAUACCUGGUGGGCCACGAUGGCCAUGGGCCGAGGUCCACAGGGGAGGUCACAGGAGCUCCCCGGGUGGUCCAUGCAGGGCCCGCACUAUCCAAGCAUCGGCCCUGCUCUAUUUCAUGACGGGCCGGUGGGGAGAUCAAAGAUCGCCCUCACCGGCCCACUUGCACAGACAUGCGGCUGGGAAAAGAGAGAGAGGAGGACCUGGCAGAGCUCUAUCUUGCAGCUCUGCUGGAUUCCUCUUGCGAGAUUCGGAGACACACACACACUCAUUACCCUUACACACACACUUCAUCCCUCACACUCACAGCAUCCAUCUCACACACUUUACCCCUCACACACUGCACCCCUCACACACACACACACACACACACACACACUGCACCCCUCACAUACACACUUCACUCACACACAUUGCAUCCCUCACACAUACACACAGAACCCCCCAACACACUGCACCACUCACACACACACACACACACAAUACUUCCAAACAUAUAUCUAUAUAUAUAUAUAUAUAUAUAUAUAUAUAUACAAACACACUACAGCACCCCUCACACACAUACUGCACCCCUGAACACAUUACAUUCCAGACACACAGUAGAUCUUUUACCCAACUCUAGAUCAUCUACACACAUACACACACUAGAUCCCUAUACACACUCUGAAUCUGCUAUAUACACACACACUCACUAGAUCUCCUAUACACAUUCUGGGUCCUUCAAACACACACUAGACCCCUAUACACACAUACUACAUUCCUUGUAAGCAAACACAUACUACAUUCCCUAAACACACACUCUUUACAACCCCUACAAACACUACAUCACCUAUACACACACACUAUAGCCCGUAUGCACACACUUGCUACAUCCCCUAUGCACACACUCUAUACCGCCCCUAGCCACACAUGUAUUACAUUACACCACAAACACAACACGUCUAAAACCGACCUUAUUAUACAAUACCACACCACAAUCUGCUCACUGUACACACAUGCAAUCCCACAAGCAGGCUCCAAACAUAUGCACAAUACUCUUUCCUGGCCCUUUUGUCUCCUGGUAUCCCAUUUAUAGAGACAUCAGAGACAGGCUGCAAGGAAACAGAGUGCAAGCAUGUUAUUAAAUUUGCUUGCACCGUGCAGAACAAACACAGAACCCUUUUCUCAUACUAGAGCUCUUCAGCAGAGCUCUGCGCAUAAUCUGCCCUGGAAGAGCAUUGAACCAACAUGCUCACUUUGAUGACAAAACACACCCUCUAUGCACCGCCCCUUUUCCCAGUCCGGCCCGGGCUCACUUAUACUAAUAAUGACACCAAUAAGCUUUUGGACAAAUAGUUUGGAACUUGGAAAUUUUUGACAACUGGAAAUGUUGAGUCCAGCAGAAAUCUGGACCAAAUUCAGGCUCAUUCAGAGAGUGCUCUGCAAAAUCUGGACAUUCUUGAAUAGUGUGACCAAUGCAGAGAUUUUGCAUUCCAAAUAGCUCUGAGCACCACCAGAGGGGUUUGCCCCAUUUGAUAUGGAGCUAUUCAGACUUUAGUAAAUUACCCUGUGUGUCGAAAAGACACAUAGUCUAAAAAAAAAAAAAAAACCUCGGUGGUAGUCCUAACUAACUUUUGAAUUUGGCUUAUUUUGCCCUAAAAUUUAAAAUUCACUUUGAAUUCCUGACAAUUUACCCUCUCUACUGAAUAAACCUACCUCUCUAAAUUUUACUAUUUGGUUUUCGUUUCACUACAACUCACAGUUCUGGGUAUAAGCCUCUGCUGGGUUUCAAACAAUUAAAUUAAACUGUAUCGUUAGCCUGCCCUUUUUUUUUUUUUCUUUCUUUUUUCAUUUUAUUCUUGUCAAAUAAUAUUUGUAGUAGCUAUUUCUGGUAAAAACAUUUUAUAAAUAAAUAAUAGUUCAGUACACCUCAGACUCCAUAAAAAUGGCUCCGAGAAUGGAGACAUAACAUUCAAGUGCCGUUUGUUUCUCUAGAGCGUGCUGUAAGGUCGGGGUGACGUCACAUUCCCAGCCUCCUUUGCGCCGCUUUCUCCGGAAGAAAUCCCUCGCCUGGGCCUGAGAACUUCCUCUUCGUGGACACCCCGGGCCUAGGUAGGAGCUCGCCAGCUGCGCUCGCGAUGCAAUCCAUAUUCAAUCCACUGUCUCUUUAUGCCAUCCGCCUUCAUUAAGCCCCCUAUUAGUAAGGGACAGAUUGUGUGUCUCCCUCCAAUAAUUUUAUGAAAGCCAUUUAGUGAGAAUAGAAGGUGAAAUGACUUGUUUUAGUUGGCGUUGUGGCUCUGCCCUAAAGCCGGCCAAUUUGGAGAGAUGUGCAAUAAGUACAUGUCCUGAGCGAUGAGCUCUUGUUCCCUGAGCAUAUUUAAUGCUAACAGAAGAAUGCAGCAUUAAACAUGUACAAUUAUUUAUAGAAUUUUACUUCUGGUCACUUGGCAUUCUCACAUUAAUCAAGGUUCUAUCUGAUCUGUUUCUCUACACUGCAUCAGCUGUUUUUUGUAUAAAUCAGAUUUGUUUUAAACCCCUAAAGUCCAUGGUGGUUGUUCCAUUAAUGGUCAAGAAAACAAACUGUCAGAGAAGACAGAUCACUGUAUUUGUUUUUCAGAACUCCUAUAGGAUUUUAUAUACUUUCUUUGUACUGUUGUUUUCAUAAACCUACUGCAUUUAUUUCUUCGUUUUUCUGAUCAGUUGUAUAUUUUUAUGCACGUGGUAACGUUUUGAUUCUUUUUGUUCAAUUUCCAGUUCACAAUGGGACGUGUGAUCAGGGGACAGAGAAAGGGUGCAGGCUCUGUUUUCAAGGCACAUGUGAAGCAUAGAAAAGGCGCUGCUAAACUCAGAUCCAUCGACUUUGCUGAAAGACACGGCUACAUCAAGGGUAUUGUAAAAGUGAGUUAAAAAUAUAUUUUCUUAAUGGCACAGUGUUUUAAUUCACCACUUGCUUUCCUUAAAGUAUUGUUACAUUAUGUUUUGAUAGGUGUGUGUUCAAAUGCAGACUAAAUGGUGAGACUGUCUUGUGCUGUCAGUGCACACUGUCAGCUGCAAUCAUUGCUGAAAGGAACACUUCGAGUACCCUGCUGCAGUCUCACUGUAGCUUGGCAAACAGUUUGACAGUUUAUCUGGGUCUCCCACAGCCACAACCCCUGUUUCUGGGAUUCUCCUGCUGGAUCCUCCUUGCCUGAGAGUGUCAUUUGAGCACUGUGAGCCAAUCCGCACCGCCCUGUAUUGGCCAUAGUUGGUGCCGGGGCAUUCUCAGCAGCAUAACCACUAUAGCUGAUAAAAAUGUCACAUGCUGUAAAUACAUAGUUGUAACAUGCUGUUUGUCCUAAUUCUGCAACUUUAAUCUAUCACAAUUCACGAAAAAUACAUUUGGUUAAUUCAAGCGAUGUUUGGUUGCCUGUUGAAUUAGCCAAAUGUCAAUAUAACACGUGUGAUUUGGCUGUUCAGUUUCAGCCCCCCAUUACAGACCAAGAUAAUUGAAUCCAAAACACCUCCCCUGUAUGUCAACCAAUUUCUGCAUUUUUUUUUUUUUAAAACGUCAUCUCACUGCAGUAAUGAGAUCGAAUCAGUUGUCAUUGAAGACAGUGACCGAAAGAUGAAUGUUGACAACCAAAUGAGUGAGAAUUGAGCAGAAUUUGCAAAACAGAUUUUUAGACCCUUAUGUAGUUGUGUAACUUAAAUGGCUUUUUGGUAAAUAAUUAAGGGGUAAUUAUCGUUCAAAUCCCCCAUUGCUAAAUCUUUUUCUGUUUCAGGACAUUAUCCAUGAUCCAGGUCGUGGUGCACCUCUUGCCAAGGUUGCCUUCCGUGACCCUUACAGGUUCAAGAAGAGGACUGAGCUGUUUGUUGCAGCAGAGGGUAUCCAUACUGGACAAUUUGUGUACUGUGGCAAGAAAGGUACAUUAAGCAUUUAAAACAAACUUUUUUUAGUUUUACUAGAUUAUAUAAAUGUUUUCUUUUGCAAGUAAUAUUUGCAGUUCUUAAAGUCCCACUAGACUCUAAGGAACACCUCAAUACAUACAGCACUUUAGCUUUGCUGAACUGCUGCGUGUCCUCUUUUUGUUUUGUAUAGUUAUAAGCCCAAUGGGGAAAAAUGCAUUAUUAUAAGAACAUGCCCCCCCCGGUUGAAUGUCUUGUUAACGUACACCAUUGAAAUUUGCUAUUUAGGGAUAAUAUAUAGAAAAGAGAAAUUUUUCUUGUGUGGUUCUUCAGCUUAGUUCAGUGUUGACCAGUUUCAGGGUUAUUCACUUAACUCCAAUUUCAGCAAGUUUUUUGUUUGGGGGUGGUGCCAGCACUCAAUAUUGCAAAUUGGAAUGCACUGAAAUGUUUUUUGUGUGUCUGUGAGGCUCCAGUUAAAAACUAUUUAUUUUUUUUUUAUUUUUUUUUGUAGUAAAUUGGAAUCUGCCUAAAAUUACAACACACAAAUGAUUUACAAAAAAUGUAUGAAUAAAACUGUACACAUUUUAGUAAUUUAGCACCACAAUAUAUUUACUUCCCAAUGGAUUGAUAUUUGUAUGUUGUAUGACCUAAACAGCUAUACGCAUAUCUAAAAUGUAUGCAUAUUCAAAGUAAUCUAUGCAUUUUCUUGGGUCUAAACAUUCUACUCCAAUUUUGCUAACAUCUGUACCUUAAUUUAUUUAUUCCCUUGAGCAAAAUGUAAUGGUUUCAAGCUUGUGGUGUUUUUUUUUUUUUUUUGUUUUUUUAGCUCAGCUUAACAUCGGCAAUGUCCUACCAGUUGGCACCAUGCCAGAAGGUACCAUUGUGUGUUGUGUAGAAGAAAAACCAGGUGAUCGUGGUAAGCUGGCCCGGGCAUCUGGAAACUAUGCCACUGUCAUCUCCCACAAUCCUGAAACCAAGAAAACCAGAGUGAAGCUACCUUCUGGAUCUAAGAAGGUCAUCUCCUCUGCAAACAGAGCAAUUGUUGGUGGGUACAUAAAAUACUUUAAGAAAUGUUACAUUUCUUUCUCGCCUUUUCUUACAUAUGAUGACAAAACAAUGUGGUACCUGUCAUUCUAGAUACCACUUAUUGAAUUUCAUGUUCUUUAAAAACAUAUGUACAUUGUGCUAGCAAGUGUAUAGAGUGUGUGGGGGGAAAAAAAUAGAUCUUUCUCCCACCUGUCUGUAUUUACUUCUGUGCCAAAGAUUUCAGUGACACAGAAAGCAGAAGAGACCACCCACAAGCAGUCCUUCUGCUUUUCAAGCACCUACAAAGGUUAGGACCUGGCACUGGAUCAGCUGUGAGGUUUUAGCUCAGUAUUACAUUGAUCUCCUCAUGUGAGGCUGUUAUACAUGAUGUGUUCAAUGCAUUUGAGGUUGAUGUUAAAAUUAAACUGACAGGUUCACUUUAAAUUAAAGGGGCAUUCUAAGCACAACACUGACACUACUUGUAGGUAUGACUAAAUGUUAUUCGAUACUGGUUCUUUUUCUCCAAGAGCUCCACAUUUUAGAACAGUAGGGUGUUGAGAUCUGUUCAUUGACUGUGAUCCGCCUUCUGGCUUUAUUCUGAUAGGCUUUUUGUUUUGAGCAGAAUAGUCUUUUCCCAUAUCUCAAUGCAGCUCUUGUUACCCACUUUCUCUGAAAUGCAGGGCUUCUAGCUGCUCUAAACUGUGUUUGCAUACAUAUCUGUAUUUUCCUCUGUAACGUUUUAUGUGAUGUGUGUAUUUUUAUGUGAUGUUCAUUUUUACGUCUUAGGCUGCCAGCUGGGUGUAAAAUUUGUUAUCCACUGCUAAGCACACCCUCCUGUAACAUUACACCUGAUUCAAAAGUUAAUCAUACUAAAGUUGGGGAACUGGUACAAUAAAGUUAACCCCUCAUAGAAUAUGAAAUUAGUUUCUCGCCCUCCAGGUGGUAUUUUCUUUGUGUAUUCCUCAUUCUCGGAUCCUCUAGCAGAGGCCUUUGAAUCUAAGUGUACUGUGCAGUAUAUUGGCUGUUCCUAUAGUUGCACUUUUCUGGACCGCAAUAUCGAUGUCCCACCUGGAAUCUAUUGCAGCCACUUUGUGCCACUGUGUGUAAGAUGUAGCCUUUGCAAGCCUUUCACUGACACACUUUGUCUGUACCAGUGAAUACACUAAUCAGAGACUCCUCAUUGAGAAGUUUUUCAAGGUGGUGGCAGAUGGACAUAUUUUUCAAAUUUCUACAGAGCUAUAAACUGCUUGCCUUGCUCUAUUACUUUAAUGUCACUGAUGACUGCAGAUAGCAUACUUGUAGCCAUGGUUUAUAUACUGGUUUCAAACUGCACUGAGAAUCCUGUAAGCAGUGUGGUACUCAUUACACACUUGCCUGGUAGCUAUGGCUUGCCCAGCGUGUUAUAAAAUAAAAAUUUCCCUGACUGUGUAUAGUUAUAUCUGUUCUAGGGUUUGGUUUUUCUUUUCUCUUUAAUGCAUUUUACUAACAACUUCUCUUUUUAAUACAGGGGUUGUUGCUGGAGGUGGUCGUAUUGACAAACCUAUUCUAAAGGCAGGUCGUGCCUACCAUAAAUACAAGGCCAAGAGAAACUGCUGGCCACGUGUCCGUGGUGUGGCUAUGAAUGUAAGUUCUAUAAUCUUAGACAUUUUAUUAAAUUCUCUAAUUACGGUCAUGUCUACUGUGUCUUUAUAUAACAAAUUGCCAAAAAUUGAUCACUGGCUUUUGGAAUAUCGACCUACAUAGUCAACAUUUGAAAAACAUUUCUCUUAUAUUUAACACUGAAAAAUGAUUACAGACACAAUGAGUAGUAAUGUACUCCUAUAAAGGUUUAGAACAUAUGCAAGAUUACAGCUAUGACAGCCAGAUAUUACAGCAGUUGUUCCUGACGUCACUCAUGUGUGAAACAAGUCAUAUGAUAGCACUGCAGUUUGUAGGGGCUCCUCCUGGCAUUUUCUUAAUAUUCCAUGUGUAUGAACCACUAAUUCUCAAUUAUUGUCUAUGGUGGUUAAAAUCUUAUUUGUUUUCCUUACAGCCUGUUGAACAUCCCUUCGGUGGUGGUAACCAUCAACACAUUGGUAAACCCUCAACCAUUAGGAGAGACGCUCCAGCUGGUCGUAAAGUCGGUCUUAUUGCUGCUCGUCGUACUGGUCGUCUGCGUGGUACAAAGACUGUGCAGGAAAAGGAGAACUAAACUGUUUCACAAAAUAACAAUAAAUUGUAUAAAAUCUCAGUUGUCUGUGAAUUUAAAUGGUAAAAAUCAGUUACAGGUUAGUGAUGCUGUUCCCAAGAAGUCAUCAUUGAAGUGUGUAUU